ACAAAAACACGAUACGGUCCUGGGACUGUGGUGACCAGGACAAGCAGCUUUUGGGAUCUCUUCAUGCUGCACGUUAACGGAAGUCCUUGUACAUGUUGCUUUUUUUGAAAUGAUGGGACAGAGUGCCAAAGUUUUCGCCAAGUGGUUUUCGUUGACGUCCUCUGCUGUUCAAGGAAAAAGCCUUAAUCAGGAGAGAGGACAAGACAAAGAGAACAUCAGAAAAACUCACGAACAACUGUGUAUGGAACUGAACUCACUUCAGCGUGAAUACAAGCAUGUCAGACAAGUUGUGUACACUCUACAACAGGAUUAUGAAAGAUCUAAAGAUUUUGACCCCUUAAGGCGGUAUGGUUUACUUAAAGGCAUGAUAAAAAGAACAAUUCUCCAUUUUAAACUAAAUGAAGAUAAAGUACCUGGAUCUAUAUCGAUGACUGGAAUUCGAAGCCUUGCCAAUGGUUAUAAAGAAUUAUCCUAUACUUUAGAACUAACUAGGAGAAAGGCAGACUUAGAUGACAUGUCAUUAGAACAGAUAGGAUCGGAAGUUGAACAAUUACGUCACCAGGUGAACGGAUUGAAGGGGCGGUGCUCUCUAGUAUCAGACACUGUCUCUCAGUUAGAAAACAAAUACGAACAAUCUAAAAACUUUGCUCCACCGAAACGGUACGAAUUGAUGAAGAAAAUGGUCCAAAAAGUCGUAAACGACCAAUUCAUAUGACAUGCUUCAUAUUGACAGCAGGACAAAAGAUUUCAGCAACACCGCCCAGAUUUCACUUCAAUCCAACAAUUAAUCGCCACCCAGAUUAACAUUAUAAUUUCAAAGAAAAACUUGACCAAACACACUAACUGAAGUAGGCCUAGUAUCUAUCUGUGCAAACCAGGAAAACACUAAACAGAAAAUAUCUUAAGUAGGUCAUUGUUUCAAAAAUCUUACAUUUUUAAAAAAAAAAUUUUAUCAUUUCGAAUCUUUACUUUGAUUACAAUUGAUUGUAAUAAUAUUUCUAUUUAAUCAAUUUAAAGUAUGUCUUUUAUUUAAUCACUUCAAAGUAUGUUCAUUAAUUCAAAAAAAACGCGUACUGAAAACGAUUCCCAAUUCCUAAUUAGUCAAAAUAAAAUGUUUGAUGUAAACAAACAGUUCUGUUCAAGUCCGAUUUUGUAAUAUAUAAAGUUGAAGAUAGUGAUCAAUUUCUGUUUGUAAACAAUAAAAAUCAAGAGAGGGCAAAAACACGGACCCCUGAAAACACUAGAUUUGGAUCAGGUUAUUAGGUGAGGAAGUAUCCCGUCGAUCAGUUGCACAUGUCGUGAACCCUCUGCACUGAUCAGGUUAACGGAGUAAUCCGUAUAACUAGUGUGAAAACAAUGGCUUGCCUAUUGAUAUGAAAUAUGUCAGUCAAAAUCCAGACAAACGAUAGGCUGUACAUGUAUUUUGCAAACAAUGUUAUUGUAAUGACCAUAGAUUUGCAAAAUGCUGACUUUUACAGGAGACUGUUUAAAUCCCUGUAACAUUUACUCAUUUGUCAGUAGCCUCCCUUAGUUUAACACGUACACAGAACGUGCUCUUGCGUACAUAAUAUUUUGAGAGACAAACGCACCAUAACUUGAUACCUGACUGUACUAGUAUCAAUUAUUUGUGCAUAUGGGAGAGUCCAUUCGAGGCAAAAAAAAAACAUGGACGUAAAAUUGUUUUAUGUGUUAAUAAUUUUUUGUUUGUAGUAAAUAA